AUGGGAACAACACCCCUGUUAACGACCAAACAACAACUACUACCAAUCACCGACAACCAAUCAGCCAACAACCAAUCAGCCGACAACCAAUCAGCCAACAACCAAGUAGCCAACAACCAAGCAGCCAACAACCAAUCAACCGACAACCAAUCAACCGACACCAAUCAACCAACAACCAAUCGGCCAACAACCAAUCGGCCAACAACCAAUCAGCCAACAACCAAUCAGCCAACAACCAAUCAUCCAACGACCAAUCAACCAACGACCAAGCAGCAAACAACCAAGCAGCCAACAACCAAUCAACCAACGACCAACCAACCGACAACCAAUCAGCCAACAACCAAUCAACCAACAACCAAUCAACCGACAACCAAUCAACCGACGACCAUCCAGCCAACAAACAUUCAACCUGCCACCACACAAGCUACGACUUCAGUGCCAACCACCGAAGUCGUCACAACAGGUGGCGAGUACGCCGUGUAUCCUGCCACGCACAACGGACCUUUGCAAGUCUAUUGCGACAUGGACACGGAUGGCGGAGGAUGGACAGUAUUUCAAAGGCGCAUUGAUGACACUCAAGAUUUUAACCAGAACUGGGCCAGCUACAAAGCUGGCUUUGGUGACCUCUCCGUCAACUUUUUGCUGGGCAACGACGCCCUCCAUGAGCUCACGACCCAGCAGGACUAUUUGCUGCAGAUCGAGCUGCAGUCUUACUAUUCGCAGACUACUUACACCAAGUACGGUUUCUUCACCGUGGCUGACGAAGCUAACAAAUACCGGUUGACCGUUGGCCUGUUCUACGGCUCCUAUGUAGCAGCAUCUGGGACAGGGAGGCAGCGAACAGACUACACCUACCACUCCCAAUUCAGAUCACACUAA